UAGUGUAGACCAGGCCUUACUCUGACACAGGUUAGUUCCAUAUUAGCCUGCUGGAUCCUGAGGACAGUUGGGGCUAGUGCAGAAGAGGGGCACAGGGGGCUCUGUAUUCAUUCCAUGGUGGGAGAUGCGUAGGGAAGUGGGAGCUCAUGCAAAUAAGUCUUUCUCCCCUCUCUCUAGGAAUCAGGGAAGUUAACGGAAUCCUGCAGUUGCAAUAACUAUCAGGCAUCUGCUGCAAAAUAUGGUGCGGAAAAUCAGGCAAAAUAUCAGACACUUUAAAAAAGCUCUUACCAUUGUGGGCUGGGUGGCACUCCAUGAGUUUCCCCUUCUUGGACACAGAGUUUUGACAGCCAGUAGAGGGGACUUCGUAUUUUCUGCUGAUCGUCUGAUCAGACUUGUGGUUGAAGAGGGAUUAAAUCAGCUACCAUAUACAAAAUGCACAGUGACCACUCCAACAGGGUACAAGUAUGAAGGAGUGAAAUUUGAGAAGGGAAACUGUGGAGUCAGCAUCAUGAGAAGUGGAGAGGCAAUGGAACAAGGCUUACGGGAUUGCUGCAGAUCCAUCCGAAUAGGAAAAAUCCUGAUACAGAGCGACGAAGAGACUCAGAGAGCCAAAGUAUACUAUGCCAAGUUUCCACCAGACAUUUACAGGAGAAAAGUUCUUCUCAUGUACCCAAUACUGAGCACUGGCAAUACUGUCAUUGAAGCUGUAAAAGUUCUUAUAGAACACGGCGUUCAACCAAGUGUCAUUAUCCUACUAAGCCUAUUCUCCACACCUCAUGGUGCCAAAUCUAUCAUCCAGGAGUUCCCAGAGAUCACAAUUUUAACUACAGAAGUUCAUCCUGUUGCACCAACACACUUUGGACAGAAGUAUUUUGGAACGGACUGAGACACUUAACACAAAUUGGUUAUGUCAAUAUGUUGCUGUAUGAUAUUACAAUGGUGUUUUUUCUACGUUUUAUUAUUUGUAGCAGGGCUGGCUGCAGGCAUAUUUAAAAUCUUUUUUGGCCAGAGGGGAAAAAUAUUUUAUCUACAUUCAUUUUUGGUUACUUUCUGAAAAUUGAAUCAGAUGCAAUAAUGAAGCACAUUCAAUUAUUAUAAACUAAAGGCCCUUUAAUGUGCUUUUGGAAAUUGCUACCCACUCAGUGCUUUAACUUAUUUAUUCUUUCAUAACCCUGUUCUGUAGCUGUUUGCAAUAGCAAAAUAAAAUGAUCCUGUAAAGCA